CUCUCAUCAUCCUCGCUCCGCCUCUCCAAACCCGUCUCCCCUCCUUCCCCACAAACACACAGUUCCCAUCCCCGUUCCCAAGUCCCAACCCAACCCGCUCCCCCCGCGGCCCCUCUCGUCUCCGGCGACCUCCUCUCAAAACCCUAGCCUCCCCUUCCCCGCUCGCCUGGCCGCCUCUGCCUCUGCCGCUGCGCGCCCGCCGGCUCGCUCCCCCGCUCGGAUCGUGCGGUGCCCCGCCGCCGCCAAGCCGAAACCCUAGCUCACUCCCUCCCUCCUUCCCCGCCCCCACCCUCGGAUCCCGUGAGGCCGCGAUGGCCGAGAGGAAGCUGGAUCGAUUCGCCGCUCUCGGGAAAGAUGGUCUGUCGCUUGGGAUCGAGGAGGACAGGAACACCGCCGCCGCCAUGGGUUUCGUCGAGGAAUCCAAAGAUCAGCAGCAUCUGGAGAACAGCAUUCCUCUGUCCCCUCAGUGGCUUUAUGCCAAACCAAAUGAUACGAAGAUUUCAGCACCUCAUGGGUCUUUGCUCGAGCCUGCUGAGAAGGAUGCCAGGAUGCUGGAAGGGACUAAAGAACGGCGGCGGAAUGCAUUUGAUACUGACAGCAGUCUUCGUUGGCUUGAUGAGGAGAGGGAGACCAGCUUACUUGGAAGGCGGGAGCGCAAGAAGGAAGUUGACCGGGAUGUGGAGAAUCGUAAAAAUGAUCGCCGAUCUGACAAUGUUACUGCAAGGGACAACAAUGAUUCACGGGCACCUCCUACAUCUGAAAGGUGGAAUGAUGGCUCCACCCGCAAUUCAGGGAAUGAAGGCAGACGUGAUGGCAAAUGGUCAUUAAGAUGGGGACCUGAUGACAAGGAGAAGGAGUCCAGACCAGAAAAGAAGAUUGAUGCAGAAAAGGAUGAAACUCAUGGUGAGAAACAGACAUUUCCUGGAAGGUUGCUCCCUGAGUCAGACUCCCGUGAUAAAUGGAGACCUCGUCACAGGCAGGAGACUCAACCUGUUGGUACAGCAACGUACCGUGCUGCUCCUGGAUUCGGACUGGAGAAAGGACGUGUGAAGGACUCCAAUGUUGGGUUUUCCCCUGGAAGAGGCAGGGGAAACCCCAACUCAGUUCCAUCCUUCAGCCGCCCAUCAUCUGCUGGACCGAUUGGUGCUCCACCUGUGCAUGGGAGGCGUGUGACAACUGCCGGUGCUUUUCGCUACCCGAGGGGUAAACUUCUUGACAUCUACAGGCAGCAAAAGAUUGUCCCAUCUUUCGAUGGCGGCCACCGAACGCUGGAGGAUAUUCCCUCCAUAACACUCCCUACUUCUGUUCAGCCACUCGCCUUUGUUACACCCGACACUGAUGAAGAGGCUGUUCUGGAAGAUAUCAGGAAAGGCAGGGUCAUUGGCAGUGAAGUUACAAAUACAACUGCGCUCCAAAAAGAGAGAAAACAAGAUACUGAAGCUCGUGGUACUGAUGACAAGGAUAAAGGCACUGAGGCAUUUAGCGGGUUGGGGCAUGAAGGAUCUGCUGCUUUAAUAACAGAGAAGGAUGCCUUCUACAAUGAAGGGAUGUUUGCAGGUGGUAUCCCUGAUCCACUCAAGAAACAUAUAGAGGAUAAUUUCCCCAGCAAUCAUAUUGAGCUUUCCAGCACCAAAUCAAGCGCUGACAUUGAUCUUGGUGCCAAGUUACCAGAUGAUCCAAAUUCUCAUUUAAAUGUAAACAUUGACACUACUGGCCAGGCUAGCUAUACAGACGGGAAAGCUAGUGGUCUGGCUAGUUAUCCAGAGGAGUUGACCUUGUAUUACCUGGAUCCUCAAGGAGGCGUGCAGGGUCCUUUUAUGGGUACAGAUAUUAUCUCCUGGUAUGAAGAUGGAUAUUUUGGUUUGGAGCUACCUGUGCGUUUAUCUCAGGCUCCAGAUGAAGCUCCUUUCCGCCCACUUUCUGAACUCAUGCCGUACCUUGGACAUAAGCCCCAACCUCUCCCACCUGUAUCCCGUGGUGAAAGUGCUGAAUCCAUGGAUUCUGUACAUAAUAAUUUUGAAGAUGCACUUCCUACCUCUGGUUCUUUUGGGAAGAAUGAUCAAACAUCUAAAGGAGAUUCUGAAAGUUAUGGAGUCAAUCCUAAAAGAGGUGACAAUGAAGCAUCAUUACAGUCACGUAAUAAUAGCUGGUUCCUUUUACCUGAACCAGAAAAGGCCGAAGUGAAGCCUGAUGUUCGUCAGCAGCACAUUCCUGAAACAGUGAGUCAGGAUGCUGAAGAAGUGUUGUACACUGGGAGGCCUAACAGCAGCAUGGGUCAAUCUCGACAGGAUUUCGAUAACGAUCGUGCAGAUAUCCAUUUGGCAUCACUUGAUUCCCGUUCUGGGGUUGGAGAAGCUAACCUGCCCCAUCAUGAUGCACCUAGAGAGAAUGAACUGAGUCCUCUGGGCUUACUUUGGUCUGAGCUGGAAGGGAUGCAUCCGAAGCAACCUCUCUCAUCAAAUGUACUUGGUGUAAAUGAGCGUAGAAACCCCAAAGCUACAGCUCCAAAGGAUAUUCCACCUUUGAAUAGCAGGCAUGGGCAGCUUAGCAGGAUGAAUGAAGCCCCUGUUGUGCGUGAUGACUGGCCUGCUAGCCUUGGGCGGAUGGACAGCAUGAACGAUGCAAACAUUUCAGGUCUAAUUCCCCAGGUUGAACCUGAGCUAGGUCAUCUGAAUUUUGAGGAGCAGAUGCUACUUACACAGAUUAGAAGGGAGCAACUGCAGCAAGAACACUUGAUGGCUCGUAACAGUUUGGAGUUUCCUGGACCAUUCGCAGGUCAGGUCUUUGAUUCAUUGCACCAGCACAGACAGUCCAUUAAUCCACCAGUUCCUGAGGUGGAGCAUCUGUUGAGAAUCCAGUUUGAACUUGAACAACAGCAGCAGCGCCGCCAACAGCUUCAGCAAGAACAGCACCGCCAGCAACUUCAGCAGGAGCAACACCAAAGGCAGCUACAGCAAGAGCAGCACCAAAGGCAGCUGCAGCAGCGUCAAGCCCAGCUUCUGCAACAGCAACAGCAGCAACAACAACAGCUGAUUAUUGAGCAAAUGUUGCAGCAACAGUUGCAAGGUUCAAACUUUGGACCAGGCAACAUGGUUGAUCAAGUGUUACUUCGGGAGCAGUUAUUGAAUGACUUGCAUCACCAACCCCAUCAUUUUCAAAGGCAGCAUGAUGCAGCGAUUGAACAACUCAUUCAAGCAAAAUUUGGGCAUGGGCAUCAUAGGGAGCAACAGAAUGAUAUGUUGGAUGUUCUCUCACGGUCAAAUCAGAGGCAGGGGCUUCCUCUGGAGCAGCAAAUUCUGUUAGGCCUGCACCAUGAUCAGCUCCAAUCACAACAGAUGGCCAAUGCUAUACGACAACAUGCGGGCAGGGAGGAUGAAAGGCAUUUAAGUGGGGUCUGGCCAAUGGAGGACCCUAACCAAUUUAUCCGCCCAGGAACAAGUCCAAAUCAAAGCCACAUAAACAGACUUGGUCAAUUUGAACUUCUGCAGUCCCUUCAGCGGUCUUCAUCUGUGGAGCAUCAUGACCAUCUGGACCGAAGCCUCUCUUUGCAUGAGCGGUUGCAUAGGGGAGGCCAAGGCAUUCACUCUCUUGAGCGGUCUGGCUCUUUGCCUGGUGGCGCACCUUUACCAAAUCCAGAUGUUGUAAAUGCUUUAGCACGUCACCAUGGCCUCGGUCAGUUAGAAAACCAGGGUGAUUUAUAUUCUUUAGGCCAAAUGCCUAUGCAUGCUUCAGGGGUUCAUCCACAGCAACACAGGCUUCAGGAGCAGGUGUCAGGUUCUCACAUGGGAAGGCUGGAAAGGAACUGGUCAGAUGCCAAUGGGCAAUUGCAAAAUAGCCUGAUAGAAGCAUCACGCAUCAGCCAAUUGCAAAUUGAAGCAGAGAAGCAUAGAAGGAAUGUGGAAAUGAACCUUCCCAUUGACAACCCACAUGCAUGGGCAUCACUUAUGAACAACGAUAGGAACACAGAACCAGAUUUAAGUGAUAUGUUCCAUCAAAAACUGGCUCUUCAAUCCCAUCAAUCUCGUGGUUUCACUGAUGUUCCAUUGACAGCGGCAUUCGGACGUAAAGACCCUUCUUUACUCUUUGCACAGCCUCCUGCAGAUAACUCUUUGAGAUCACCUGUUGAUAGGCUGUCUUUUGAUGAUCCACUUGCAGAAAGGUCACAGUUUGCAAAGAUGGGGCAUUUGGGACAGCAGGAGGGAUCAACCACCCUAGAUAGUUUACCUAACAAUAUUGAGAUGAGUCGAAAAUUGGGCCUUAGGUCGAGCUCUGGAACUAUGCUUGAUAUUCAAAGGGGAGAAUUUCCAGAUGUGAUGGGUGGCAGUGGAUCUGCUAAUCAAUUGGUUGGGAAUGUCAAUGAUGUAACCAGGAGGAAAAGGCAGGGUUCUAGUGCGAACUUGGCCGUUGAUGACACCCAUUUCUCUGAAGAAGCAGUCAUCAACUGGGCUGAUGGCAUCUCCAAAGGGAGCUCUCAUUCCCUACUAAAGCGCAUGGCAGACCCACACACUGCUACAUCUCAGGCACUGUCAACAGAUCUGUCUUCAGCCAUUAGGUUGAAGAAUUCGGGCCGACCAUCUUCUGCAUCAUCUGAUGAGCACAAGAUCGAAUCAGGAGUCACCUCAGCAGGCCAUGCUGUGGAAGCCCCUGCAUCAGCCAACAAAGAGACAGGGACGUUCGGCAUGCCACCAAACACCAAUCUGGAUGCCUCUGGCCCUUCAUUCAGUGAAAUGCUCAAGAGCACAAAGAAGCCUCCAUUGCAGUAUGAUGCCUCUGAAUCUGCGGACGGUGGCCCUGGUGGCAAGGGUACGAAGAAGAAAGCAAAGAAGGGAAAGCAGAUCGACCCUUCACUUCUUGGCUUCAAGGUCCACAGCAACCGCAUCUUGAUGGGUGAGAUUCACCGCCCUGACGACUAACAUGCUCGAGUCAUGCCAUUUUGUGUACAUGCUCACCUCUGUAGACGUUGCUCAAGGUUUUUUUUUUGUAACAUUCCUGUGGAGGCCAUGGCUCCUCCCUUUUGUUGUUUCCUUUUAGCCUUAGGAUACCAAAUCAGACAGAAGGUCAAGUUCAAAUUAGGGAGGGUUUUCAUUUUUUGUGCAUCUGGGCCCUCGAGUUUAUACAAGAUACAUUUGUACAGGACACCGAAUCAUCGGCAUUUAAUGUCAGUGAUCUCCUUGUACAGUACAAGGAAGUAUCAUAUCAUUACGCAGUCCCUCUCAGAGCUCUCCCUCUGAGAGGAGUCAUACGCGUUGCUAAUUUCUUCACAGAUUA